AAUCGGCCACCCCUCCAAUCCCAUACACUAGCCGCCCUUAUCCACUUUGCUAAAUAAAAUUCUGUUUUUGCCUCCCCCGCUACCACCGAGUUUCUUCUCCUUCUUCUUCUUUCUUUCCAUCCACCCAAAACCACAAUCAAAACAAAAGUACUUUCGUACUCAAUCAAAAAUCCUUCACCAUGUCGAAAGUUUACGUCGGAAACCUUUCGUGGAACACCACUGAUGACACUCUCCGUCAUGCUUUCUCCGACUUUGGCGCGGUUACCGACUCGAUUGUCAUGAGAGAUCGCGAUACCGGCCGCAGCAGAGGAUUUGGCUUCGUCACCUUCUCCAGUGAACAGGAAGCUGAGGCUGCCAUUAAUGGGCUUAACGAACAAGAGCUUGAUGGUCGCCGUAUUAAGGUCAACCUGGCCAACGCUAGACCUUCCGGCGGAUCCCGUGGCGGUUUCGGUGGUGGCUCUCGUUACGGCGGUGGUUACGGUGGUGGCGACAGCUACCAGGGUGGUGGCUACCAGCAGGGUGGCUACCAGCAGGGUGGUGGCUACGGUGGCUACUAAAUGCAGUUUCCUAUAUACGUCGAAUACCUAGUUGGAUGCAGUCACGACUUGAUAUGAUUACUGUGGCGGAUGACAAUCACCGACCGAGCAUAAUUGUUGAAGGGAAUGAAUGAUGGAAAAUUGUGUCUUGACAUGAAUGGGCUCAGAUAUCCGAAGCCACAUUAUGGCUGAUGCCGGAAACCGGCUAUGACAAUACCAAUAACUAGCUUCACGUCGCGUAUUAUACCCAUGAAUAAUAGGAAAUCCAUCAUGUGUACCCCUGCGAGGGCACAUGUAUUACUUGUCUA